CUUUCUUACCAGUAACUGUGAACAAUACUUUUACUUAUUGCAUAAAAAAAUGGCUAAAGAUCUAUGGAACCAAAAAGGUAGAUCUAGAUCUUUAGACCCUCUUUUUUCCGUAAAAAAUGAAUCUAUGACACUAGAGUCUGAACGCCGUUCAAGAAAAUCGGAUGUGUGUGCACCAUUGUUAAGCAGUAAGCACUUCCUGGGUGUCAGUCUGAAUCGGUUACUGAGUACUGCUUGAAUACCCGAUGUUUUGAGCCAGUGAUUUGCUUGUGUGGGCGAGAAGAGACUCCUUUCACCAGCGUUUUGCAAUACAUAAGGCCGAACAAGGAUCGAUAGAUACACUCAUGUUCUCGCUCACACACUCACACUCACACGUACGAACAACGCUGCCUACCCAGAAAGCUCUGUAGUAGCCCGUAGGUUUCUAUCCCUCAGUCUGUUUGCGAUGGUUGCUUGCCUCUGGGUCGGAUAAUGCUAGAGGAUGUUAUAGAGAACGGAAAUCACUGAUUACCCUGAUGAUGCAGCCUAGAUAACGGAAUAGAAUACCAUUGAGUAGUGUGGGCUGUUUAACCUGGAUGGUUUGAACGAUAGUGAUCACGUUUGUUAAUAAUUAGGACCGGCAAGCUGUUGUGUGCAUGUCCCUAACACCCGUGCAAUGUGAAGCUCAAAUCGUUAUGGAUAUAUAAAAGGAAAGCAAACGAUAAGACCCGUCACCAUGACCUGACAGUGUGUUUGCCUUGAGGCGACGACCCAUGGCAUCAUCCAGCCUGUCGCAGGACAAGCUGACCGACAAACGAUCCCUGGAGGACGAGCUGGAGAACGGAGGUCUUUCCCCACAACCCUCGGUCAGGACCAACCCCAACGAGGAUGACGCCUGCUCCGAGAUCGUCAGGAUCGAGCAGCGGGACUCGGCGGCCGGAGCUGGAGGCGGGGGCGAUGAGGAUUAUGAAGCCACAGCUUUUGGCCGCAUCGUGCGCACGCUACAGGUUAGAUAUCGACUCAUCAAAACAUGGGCUUCCGGUGGCAGACAGAGGCCCCAGCGGCGACCGGACUCCUUCCUGGAAAGAUUUGCAAUGGGCGGCAAAGACAUGCCCAUACACAGUGGGGAGAGGAGGCACAGGAAAAUAUCAGAUCUCAGGUACUGGACACAUUUCUAUGUGGACCCGUCAGAUUCCUUUUAUUACCGCUGGCUGUUCAUCAUCUGCCUUGCGGUCCUCUACAACUUUGUCUUCAUCAUCGCCCGCUCCGUGUUCUGGGAGCUUCAGAGCAAGUACUAUGUCCUCUGGCUCUGCCUGGACUAUAUCAGCGACUUCGUCUAUGCCCUCGACAUCUUCAUACAGUUUCGGACAGGUUACCUAGAACAAGGCUUGAUGGUGGUUGAUCCAAUCAAGCUUCGGAAAAACUACAUGAAGACCAAAACGUUUUACAUCGAUAUCGCCAGCCUUCUCCCUACAGACCUCUUUUACUUCCUCAACAAAGGAUUAAAUAUCCCCUACGUCAGAUUCAACCGCCUGCUCCGCUUUCGGAGACUUUUAGAGUUCUUCGAUAGAACAGAGACGAGAACCAGUUUCACCAACAUGUUUCGUAUUCUCCAUCUCGUCCUGUACAUUUUGAUUAUCAUCCAUUGGAAUGCAUGUAUAUAUUUUGCCAUAAGCUCUGCUAUAGGGUUUGGCACUGACAACUGGGUGUACAAAAAUUUGACGGGGGGUUAUGAAGAACUUUCGAGGAAAUAUAUCUACAGUUUUUAUUGGUCAACACUCACUCUCACAACUAUCGGGGAGACACCUCAACCGGAGAGGGACGUGGAGUACUUGUUCGUUAUUGGGGAUUUUCUUAUUGGAGUGCUUAUCUUCGCUACCAUCGUGGGUAACGUUGGGAGUAUGAUUACCAACAUGAACGCAGCCCGUUCCGAAUUCCAGCAGCGUAUGGACGGUGUAAAACAGUACAUGGAGUUCCGAAAAGUCAGCAAGGAGCUCGAGGAAAGGGUGAUCAAGUGGUUCGAUUAUCUGUGGACGAACAAGCAGUCUCUAAAUGAGGAAGAAGUCCUGUCGGCCCUUCCGGACAAGUUGAAAGCAGAGAUGGCUAUCCACGUGCACUUAGAAACUUUAAAAAGAGUGAGUAUUUUCCAGGACUGCGAGCCUGGCCUCUUGGUAGAGCUGGUUCUCAAGCUGAGGCUUCAGGUGUUCAGUCCUGGGGACUACAUCUGUAGAAAGGGCGACAUCGGCAGGGAAAUGUACAUCGUGAAGAGAGGGAAGCUCAGUGUGGUUGGAGACGAUGGUUCCACCGUAUACGCCACGCUCAGUGAGGGUAGCGUGUUUGGAGAGGUAAGCAUUUUAAACAUCGCCGGUAACAAGACUGGUAACAGACGCACAGCCAACGUGAGGAGCUUGGGUUACUCUGACCUUUUCUGCUUGUCCAAGGAUGCUCUGUGGGACGCCCUGACCGAGUACCCAGAGGCCAAGAGGAAGCUCAUGGAGGCGGGCCGACAGAUUCUGAUGAAAGACAAUCUUUUGGACGAAGAUGCUAUGAGGAAAGCUGAGGAAAAACAAGAGACGAUGGACCAAAGACUGGAUCGCAUCGAUUCGAGUCUUGAUAAUCUUCAGACGCGAUUCGCUCGGCUUUUAGCCGAGUUUAACACCACGCAGCAGAAGCUCAAGCAACGUAUGACGAAGGUGGAGAAAAUUCUCACUCGUGAGGAUGACGAUAUUUCCACGUUUUCCAAUCUCAACACCGAUGGCACCAACAGAGACUCGACCAAAUGAUAUUCUCGCACGAUCUUGGUAGCUAAAUAUCGAAGAUGCAUCAGUGAAACAAUGGGUAAAGGUCCAGCUGAGGUCUCCUUUCUCACCAUGAAUUAAAGCCGUCUUUCGGGAAUGACAGCAUGGAUACCUGCACGUCAGCUUCACGGAGACUGGAGACCUCGGAUGUGCAUAGCAAGUCAAGUAGAUUCCGAAUGGAGGUCUCAUCCAGGCUUUUACCAAUACAUGUCGUUGUGAAAUUUCAUGUUACUAGCGAUUGACAAAAGUCAUGAUGGGGACUCAAAGACAAACCCAAAUUUUGCAAAAGAAUGAGUCUUUUUUGUACUUGUGAUUGUUUGGCGUUUGUCAGAGCCGUGGGUCUCCUCUUAUAAGCCCAACAACAUUCAAAGUCACCAAUUUCACGUUCAUAUUAUGAGCGUUAAGGAUAAUUGAUCAUGUGGAAAAUAUUCCACAGAAACCACCACCACUAAACCCGCCCUCAUUUUGUUUUUUGUACUCCUGCUUUUGAGUAAUAGACACCGGAUUUUCGAAGGUAUCGUUUUGCCUUUUCCAGACAGUUUCCAAAGAGAAUAUCAGAAUUAGGUCACACAAGUGGUUAACACAAUUUCCAGAGGGAGAACCGUUAUUUUAAAAAAGUAUUUUAUAGCCUUUUCUUCGAGUCAGUACCACUACACAGUAAGGAGUAGUGAAUCUCAAAGGUACUGCAUGUUAUGCGUGGAUCCCGUAUGUGUGAAAGCAAACACACAUGAAUCUGGUUCAUUGCAUUUUUCAUGCAGCAAUCCAAGAUGGAGAUUUUGUAUGCAAAGGUUUCUGUCAAAAGCUGUCUACAAUAGCUCAAUUGUGAUAGCUCGUUCUGUUAUAAACAUUCACAAUGACGUUGUCUCUGAAACAAUCGCAUUCGUGUGGACACUGAGUUUUCUGUGUGCCAAUGAAUUGUGUCAAUUUGGCGUCGGACAAGGAGGUUCGUGAGCACGUCAAUUCGUGUCACCUUUCCACGAACACCUGGGACAUCUUUGAAGCGCACAUGAGGCAUUUGUUGAAAUUGUUUCAUUAUCUGUGCAUAACAUAAUAUUAUCUCUUAAGUAUGCAGCUGAUUCACAGUCAUGUGGGCGUUACUGAAAGAGAGAGAAUGUGUGUGUGUGUGUGUGUGUGUGUGUGUGUGUGUGUGUGUGUGUGUGUGUGUGUGUUUCAUUGUAAAAGAAAGAGAGUGUAUGUGCAUGUGUAUAUAUGUGUCUAUGUAUGUGAGUAUAAGUGAUUGCAUAUAUGUGUUGACAUGUCUUUUUAAUCUGUAAGUAAACAUUAUGUCCUUUAACGUUCAUGUUAUUGCCACUGCAUUUUGCAAGACAUGGCGCCACCCCUAGUGAUAAAACACACCGCUAGAGACGACAGCACACCCUUACCUUUGGGAACACUUCUUUAACAUACGGGGACACAAUAUUGGUCUUGGGAACACACCUUAAGCAAUGUGAACACGCUGAUAAGGAUGGACACACACCUUUAUGUUUGAAAGCACACGGGGAAGGAUGUGGACACCUAUUGAUCAGGUCUCUUACUUUACUACGUCGUGCUUCAUUGUGAUCAGGAGUCGUUACAGUGAAGUGCAAUAUUGCUUUGAGCCCAAGACGUGUCCACUUAUGACACGAACAGAACAGAAAUAGCACUGUGAUUAUACUCUUUGGUAUGUUUUUGUCCAUUAUGGCAUCUUUUCAAAUAGUUGCUUUUCCCUUUAUGUCUGUAUUUAAUACUGGGUUGUUGUUUUCACCAAAGUUUUCCACAUACCUCUGCAGUAUGUGGUCCAAACAAUUGUGAUUUCAUUUUUCGGGUGUACAGUAAGUUAUUCAACACG